AUGAAAAUCUUUCCCUUCAUUUUUACUGGCCUGAUUCUUCUUUUUCAACUUUUUCCAGCCAGGGAAGGAGCUUACCGAAGAAUCCGCUGUAUCAGAAUGGCCGGCCGCUGCGAGGUGGAAUGUCUGACCUUCGAAGUGAGGAUCGGGGGCUGCAGGUCUGACCUGACACCCUUCUGCUGUAAGAAAAGAGCGUACUUGAAAAGCUAA